AUCUCGCGGCGGCGGUGGAUCGGAUGGAGAAGUGGUGGCAGUUGACUGCUGGUUGCCAUUCCGUCCAGUUAGUUUUAAUUGCACUUGCCCGGCCACAAUAGGUCUGCAGCGAAAUGCGUGUUCAAUCAGUCCUGGUACUGAUUGCAAUUUACCGAUUGGUUGGAGCGCUCUAUGCAAAUGAGUGGGUCGUAAGGGUCCUCGGAGGUGUGCAAAUUGCCAGACAACUCGCCGACGAACUCCAUUACGACCUCGUCAGACAGGUCCUUGGCUUCGAUGAUACAUACAUAUUCAGCCACUCAAGCCAACCGUCGAUUGGAAAACGCAGCAACACCAACUUGACCCUUCGACUCUCCGACGACUUCAGGGUCGAGUGGGCAGAGCAGCAAGCUUGGCGGCGCAGAGAUAAACGCGGUAUGCUGGACAACAAAAUCCAGAGCCGGCGCCACUACUUCGGCUCCGUCGGCUUUUUCAACGACGAGCUUUGGGAGCACCAGUGGUACAUGCAAGACACGAGGACCGAGCCCGGUUUGCCACGACUCGACCUGAAGGUGAUUCCUGUGUACCAGAAAGGCAUCACAGGCCGAAACAUCAGGGUGGUGGUUCUUGACGAUGGCCUGGAGUUCCAACACACCGACCUUUAUCCAAAUUAUGACCCUGAAAUAAGCCACGACCUGAACGAUGGGGACACUGAUCCCACUCCCAGGUACUCGAGCUUAACGCCAAACAACCACGGGACGCGGUGUGCUGGCGAGAUCGCAAUGGUCGCCAAUAAUAAGAAGUGCGGAGUUGGAAUUGCAUUUAACGCCAAGAUCGGAGGAAUCAGGAUGCUGGACGGUCAAGGCGGGAGUGCCAUGGACCGUAUCGAGGGAGAGGCGCUUAAUUUCGCUCUGGACAAAGUGGACAUUUACAGUGCUUCUUGGGGACCGACUGAUGACGGUGUCACCGUUGAAGGACCGGGACGUCUUGCUCAGGAAGCGUUGGAGAGGGGUGUUAGGAAGGGUAGAAAAGGCAAAGGCGUGAUAUACGUUUGGGCGUCGGGCAACGGCGGCAACAAGGACGACUGCAGUUGCGACGGCUACACUUCGAGCGUGUUCACCCUGUCGGUGGGCAGCGCCUCCGAGCAAGGCCAGUUUCCGUGGUACGGCGAGCUCUGCCCGUCCACCCUGGCCUCCACCUACUCGAGCGGCGCCUACUCCGACCAAAUGAUCGCCACGACCGAUCUCCACAACUCGUGCACUGUCAAACACACCGGAACUUCAGCAGCAGCGCCAAUUGCAGCAGGAAUCAUCGCGCUCGUUCUUGAAGUGAACCCGAAGCUCACGUGGCGUGACGUGCAGCACCUGGUGGUCUGGACAGCUGACAUGACUCCUCUUGCGUACAACGAGGGUUGGAAAGUGAACGCCGCUGGCUUGCACGUCAAUCGUCGAUUCGGAUUCGGUCUCAUGGAUGCACUUGCCCUCACCAAAGCGGCCGCUAAUUGGACCACCGUGCCGCCGUGGAAGCACUGCACCAUUACACUCAAGGAAAUUACGAUGGGCGAUCUGCUCUCCUUUUCGACGGCAAGCUGCAAGCAGACAGUCAACUUUUUGGAGCACGUCGAGUUGAAAGCGACGAUCGAGCAUCCUGUUAGGGGACAACUCGAGAUUUUCCUCACGUCACCGGCAGGAACGCGCGUGCAGCUACUCGGCCGGCGUCCCGAGGACACUUCGAACCUCGGAUUUCACAACUGGAGCUUCAUGUCGGUGCACACUUGGGCCGAGAAUCCUGCAGGAGAGUGGACUGUGCAAAUCAUCGACUGGGCUGGUGGCGCAGUUUUGAGCGAGUGCCGACUGGUGUUGCACGGCACCGAGGAGCGCCCGCGCCACAUGGACAACAUGGACACACCAGGGAUGCGGACCACUUUGAAGCAGGAGUAUGCUCUCGGGAACGAGAUCGACGAUGAACUGCCAGUCGGCAAAGAGCACAAAGCAAACAGUAACUGGCAGGACCUCUGGAAGAACUGGUUCCGUCACAUGAUGUCUAAAGGUUACAUCGAAAACAACUGAUUAUGAGACGCGUUGGAUGCUCCGCCGAACCCUAUUCCUCUUCGUAGUCUUAAAAAAUUAUUUCCGUUGAUAGCUAUACGAAAAUAGAUCAGAUCCAGAUCCAGAAAGAUUAUAUUUUGUAAAGCCGAAAUUAUUUACAAUGGCUCUAAAAAACUUCAAGAAAUGCCUAUUUAAGCUAUUUAACAUAAUCAAAGCAGACAAAAAAUUCGUCCAGGUCAUAGAAUUUGUGGUGCAAGACUAUAUAGCUGCUUGACUGUAAAGAUGAACUCUUUACUAUCAUCAAUUAGCUUGAUUUAACUUGGAAGCGCGUUAAACAGCCUCGGUAUGAUGCUCGCUGGAUUUUGCACAGCCUGUUUAAAAUGACAAGGUUUAACGUAUAGGUCAUUAUCACAUACGUUCUUUUCUUUCCUACGAGUGGGUGUACCACCUUCAUUGGGAACAUCAAUUGAUGAUGACCUUUUUAGGGAAAUUAACAUUAUGACGGUUUAUUCCUUGCACAUCCUUGAAUGUAUGAGAUUUCUCGAAAAUUACCCUGUUGAUUUUCUAAAAUGUAGUGCUACAUUUGGGAUAGUCAACAGGGUACUAUUUAAGAAAUUUCAUACAUUCAAGGAUGCACAAGGAAUAAACCGUCAUAAUGUUAAUUUCCCUAGAAAGGACAUCAUCAAUUGAUGUUCCCAAUGAAGGUGGUAUACCCACUCGUAGUUGGAAAGAAAAUAACGCAUGUGAUAAUGACCUGUACGUUAAACCUUGUAAUUUUAAGCAGGCUGUGCAAAAAAAUCCAGAUUGUAAAGAGUUCAUCUUUAAAGUCAAGCAGCUAGUUUUGCACCACAAAUUCUAUGACCUGGACGAAUUUUUUGUCUGUGAUGAUGUUUAUUCCUUGUAUAUCCUUGAAUUUUUCAAAAAGUAUACCCUGUUGAUUUUCCUAAAUGUAGUGCUACAUUUUUGAAAAUCAACAGGGUACUUUUUGAGAAAUUCAAGGAUGUACAAAGAAUAAACCGCCAUAAUGUUAACUCCCUAAAACGGUCACGACACGACACUAGAUCCUUACCAGAUAAACAAAUAAUUGUUUUAUUUUUUUUUACACAAGCCAGACAACGGGGAGGAUGGCGAAAAUUAUUUGAUGUUUAGUCUCAAUUAUUAAAUGUCACAUAUAUGUAUAAUAUGGCUUAUUGUCAAGGAGUUGGACAAAUGUGAGAAAGGGCACCACUCCUAACAUACAACAUGGUAAGACGUUACUCAUUGGUGAUUGAGAAGACUCAUUCUGCCUGAUCUCAUUCAAAGGAAGCAUGUUAAAAAAUUGAUGUUGGUUACAAAGGAAAAAGCUGAUGGAAUAAAUUGAUGUCUAUAUAU